AUGGAAGCAUCAUCUCCUUUAGCGGCGCUGCAUCGCCCGUCAAUGCUCCCUAGCUGGGGCAGCAGAGACGUCUUUCGCGGCCACCCUCACUACGCAUCUUCUUCUGUUACAUCUGCCAGCAUGAGCCUGCGUGAGCAAAUGCACAAGCACUCUACCGGCGACUACUUCAACGUCAAGGACGUUCGAGGUUCUUCGCCUGCUGCGAGUUUGGCUGCUGAUCUCUCCCAGAACUUUCGACUUGACAGCGAAUCAAGUCCCAAGUUCCCCACUCCUCGAAGAGCACUCUUCACUGCUGGCAUGAUGGGCACCUUGGAAGGUCGAGAUUCCGUCACGACUCCCCCAUUGCCAUCCUCAUCACCUGCGCCGCUCAAGGAGCUGAUGGAGAUCUCUCCUCUACCUCACAAGACCCCUUUCUUUACACAGUUCGAGAUAACAUCUCCAACUCCCGGGUCUACUCCAGCCGCUGACGAAGAAAUGGUGCUUGAUUCUCCUGCUCCCAUCUCUCGGCAGUCUUCCUUGGAACCGCCCAAGCCCAUCAUGGCUGAAAACCGUAGAAUAGCUAUGCCUCGACGACCUUCCCUAACAAGGAUGAAGGGUUUCAGUACAACGGCGGUACCGAGCCGUCAGGCUGACAGCGUUGACACAACGCCAUUUCGCUUUAGUGCUGGAGGAGCUCGCCUCAACCACACCAGCUCAAACCUGUCACUUAGCGAAUGCUUCGAGUCAGCAUCACCGCCUCAGGAGCGCAGGCCUGCAUCGGCCAACAGCCCCUGCCCUGGUAUGCCAGCCGGCCGUGCUAGACCCCAGUUUCUCAACUUCAAUGCAUGCUCACGCAACAAUGGCUCUCCUUCCAUGAACUCACAUGCCCGCCGACAGGCGAACCCCUUUCUGAGGAAUCGCAAGCAGUUCCGUCGCUCAUUGAGCAUGUUCGAGCAUCCUGCUGACGUCAUGAAGAGCAACUCAGAUGGCGAGGAGACUACCUCUCCUGCGCUUCAAUCGGUUAUGGAUGUGGAGGAGAGCCAAGAGCCCGUCCUCCCCCAUUUCCUUAUGGAAGACCCUACCGACACUAUUCCUCGCAUCAGCCGCGAAACCCUCGUUGACGUCUUGGACGGCAAGUACAGCUCCCACUUCGACCAGAAGAUCGUGAUCGACUGCCGGUUUGAGUACGAGUAUGAGGGUGGUCACAUUGAUGGUGCUGUCAACUACAAUGACAAGGAACUACUUACAAGCCAGCUCUUCCAGACUCCCAUGGACGGCCGAACCCUCCUUAUCUUCCACUGCGAGUACUCAGCCCACCGUGCCCCCCUUAUGGCUCGCCAUGUUCGAUCCGAGGACCGCACUGUGAAUGCUGAGCACUACCCCAAGCUUACAUAUCCUGAAGUCUACAUCCUAGACGGUGGAUACUCCGGUUUCUUCACCGAGCACCGGGGUCGAUGCUAUCCUCAAGAAUACGUUGAGAUGUCAGACGAGGCUCACCAGCGCACUUGUGAACGCGAAAUGGGUCGAUUGAAAUCUCGUAAGGGUCUCAGCCGAGCCGCUACUUUUGCCUUUGGCCAACGUGAGCCUUGUGUGGACGAAUCUCCUACUGCACCCAGUAGACCUCACUCACGAAACCUCCAUGCACCUAUCUCCCGACUUGGUGCCUCUCCGAUCAUUGGCGAGCGAUCACAUGCCCGCCGUAUGGCCUCAUACUAG